AUGAGAACAUCAUAUCUCUUCAUACCCACAAUCCUCAGUAUCUCCGUCCAGUCAUCAGCUCUCCAACAGCCCAUACAAGCAGGACUCGGACUCGGAGACCAUCAUGAUGUUCAAGUUUCCCCCCAGGACCUUAGACUUGAACAUGAAUCAUCCACCGAAGAACACGAGCAUCUAAACUCAAUAAUCUCAUCCUCCCCACUCCUCUCUUUCCACCGAUCCAUCGUCCAAAUCCCCUCGAUAAGCGACAACGAGAAAUCAGUCGGCGACUUCAUACUAGACUUCCUCUCUGCGCACAACUUCACCACGGAGAAACAAAUCGUCUCUCCAGGCACAGAAGGCCAAGAUGAACGAUUCAAUAUAUACGCCUACACCGGUGAAAUACGACACGUCGAUAUUCUAUUGACUAGUCAUAUCGACACUGUACCGCCUUAUAUCCCAUACUCCCUGCACGCACCGACAACAACCACAUCCCCAUUUAAAUUCAACAGAACCGACCUCCAAAUCGCAGGCCGCGGCACAGUCGACGCAAAAGCCAGCGUCGCAGCAAUAAUCUUCGCCUUGCUCGAAACUCUGAAGGAGAAUCAGAACCCCACCACCUCCGCCCCCGGUUCACUAGGCCUCUUAUUAACAGUCGGCGAAGAAAACACCGGCGCAGGAAUGAAGUUCUUCUCAUCCUCAGACCUCAACCCAACGCCCCCAAUUUUCAAAACAAUAAUAUUCGGCGAACCAACAGAUUUAAACCUCGUAUCCGGCCACAAAGGCACAUUCGGAUUCAAACUCACAGCUACCGGAAAAGCCGCGCAUUCGGGAUAUCCAUGGCUUGGAAGGAGUGCGAUAUCUUCACUUCUGCCCGUGCUGUCCGUAUUGGAUGGCCUUGAAGAUCGGGCCCCGGAAGAAGGGGGAUUAUUACGGAGUGACGAGUUGGGCAAAUCAACGCUUAAUAUUGGCGUUUUUACUGGUGGUGUUGCGGGGAAUGUUGUUCCUGCGUUUGCGGAGGCGGGCGUUAAGAUUCGUCUUGCGGCGGGCUCGGUGGAGGAUACGAGGGGGAUUAUUGAGAGGGCUGUUGAGGAGGGGAAGGCGACGGGUAACGCUCAGCUGAAGGCUUAUGGUAAUGGGGAUGGCUCAGAUGACGCUGGUGCUGGUAUCGAGCUUAGUUUUGAAGGGGGAUCAUUGCCGCAGUUUUUUGAUACGGAUGUUGAUGGUUUUGAAGUUAUUACUGUUAAUUAUGGGACUGAUGCUUUUUCUUUGAAGAUUGGAGAAGGGGAAGGGGGGCAUAAGGUUCGUCGGUAUUUGUAUGGGCCGGGGAGUAUUCAUGUUGCUCAUUCGGAGGAUGAGGCGAUUACGGUUGGUGAGAUUGAAGAGGCGGUUCGGGGGUUUAAGAGGCUCAUUUCUGCGGCUUUGGCACGGUGA